UUGUUCCGAGUUCGGGUAAGUUUGUUCCUCAUUGCUUUCCGUACUACCACCGCCAGUGUCACAUGACCAAGGUUCGCUGCCACUGAUGUUGAGCUGUCAAACAGAAGCCAAACUGUUAUUGAAUCGUGUAUAUUGUGAUGGAUCCAUCAUGGCACACCUUGCACUUCCUGUGGCACAAGGAGUAGACAACAGCACUGGCCUCCGCCAUCAUGGCUUCGAGUUACCCGUUUGAGGCCACAGGUGAGGUGAAGGAGGGCUUCCUUUGCCCGCUGUGCCUGAAGGACCUGCAGUCUUUCUACCAGCUCCAAGGCCACUACGAAGAGGAGCAUUCUGGGGAUGACGGCCACGUUCGAGGACAACUGAAAAGUUUGGUCCAGAAGGCAAUUAAAGCCAAAGACAAGCUACUGAAGAGGGAUGGAGAUGACAGACAAGAUGCAAGUAGUUAUGAGUCAUUCUAUUAUGGUGGAGUGGACCCAUACAUGUGGGAGCCUCAGGAGCUUGGAGCAACAAGAAGUCACCUGGACCUUUUUAGGAAACAACGUGCUGCCAGGAUAGAUCAUUACGUCAUCGAGGUCAACAAGCUGAUCAUCAGACUGGAAAAGCUAACAUCCUUCGAUAGAACCAACACAGACACGGCAAAAAUCAGAGCCAUUGAGAAGUCAGUUGUGUCCUGGGUCAAUGACUCCGAUGUCCCUUUCUGUCCCGACUGUGGAAACAAGUUCAACAUUCGGAACAGAAGACACCACUGUCGUCUGUGUGGCUCCAUUAUGUGCAGGAAGUGCAUGGAGUUUGUGCCCUUACCUCUUGCUCAACGGCUCAUCAGUGGGACACACGAGGCUCUGAGUGUACCUGGGGGCCGCAGUCACUCCCAGUCUCCCCCGACUGGCACCAGCAGUGGUAUGGGGUCCAGGAGAGGCAGCAUCAGCAGCCUGAGCAGCGUCACCUCCAUGCUGGAAGAGAAGGACGACGAGAGGAUUCGCUGCUGUCAUCAUUGUAUGGACAUGCUGUUGAAGAGGCAGCAGAAAUUGGAGGAGAAAGAAUUUGUGCCUGAUAUAGUCAAACUUUAUGAGAGGCUGAGGAUGUGCAUGGAGAAGGUGGAUGAAAAGGCUCCAGAGUACAUCAAAAUUGCGGAGUCUCUCAAUGCUGGGGAGACCACAUACAGUCUAGACACAGCAGGUGGACUUCGACUGGAAGUACAGAAAUACUACGAACUGAUUGAUGCUCUAAGUAAAAAGAUUCUAACUCUGGGAAUUAAAGACGAACCACAGCCACAUCCGAAGGUGCUCCAGUUGCAGAGGAUGGUCCGCUACACAGCCACACUAUUUGUCCAGGAGAAGCUUUUGGGGCUCAUGUCCUUACCGACUAAAGAGAAAUACGAAGAGCUGAAAGAAAAGCGAAAACAGGAGCAAGAGAAGAAACUCCAGCUGGAGAGACUGACAGUUCAGGAGGCCCUGAAGAGGAGGCAGGAGUCUGAAAAGAACCAUCUGUCCAGCACCAACGGAGAACUUCAAGUGACCAGAGCACCUCUCAUGACCAAAGCCGGAGGCUGGUUACCCUCUUCUGAGUCUGGCAAUGCACGCAGCGAGCUCGAGGACCCCCUCCUGCAGCAGAUCGACAACAUCCAGUCGUUCCUUCGGCAGGCACGUCAAGCCCAGAGAACAGACGAGGUGGCCAUGCUGGAAGAGAACCUGCGUCAGCUGCAGGAUGAAUAUGACCAGCAGCAGACCAGCCUCGCCAUCGCGCUCUCUCAGAAGCUGGCCGAAGAGGAGACCUUGCAGCAGGAUGAGCUGAGCCGUCUGGGGGCUUGGGGGAAGGAAGACAGGGAUCACAGGGGUCCCAUUGUGGUCCCCAUUCAGGCAGCCUUCACCUGGGAGAGAACUUUGAAUAUCAGUCCCAGUGAUAGCUUGCAAGCAGGCUCAAGAGAAGAUGAUUUAACACCCAAAGAUGAGAACACCAUCAAUGCAUUCCCUGCUUCAAACCAGGAGGAAUCUCAGAGACUGAGAAGCUUAGGCGGCCAGGUAACGCCCCCCAGUGGAGACAGCCAGAACAGCACCUCCCGUAACCCGUUUGAUGAAGAGGACUCAACUCCAAUUGAGGAGGAUCCGUCCAAUCCCUUCAGUGAGGACGUAAAGAGGGAACACAAAGAAGUGGCCAUUGAAAAGAAAGAAUACAACCCUUUUGAUGAAGCCGAGGCUGAUGAUGAUGAGGACGAUGACGACGACACACAGGCCGAUCACGUUCCCGGUAACCCCUUUGAGGAAGACGAUACAGAGUGCGGUAACCCCUUCAUUGAGGCCUCCGAGGAUUCAAAGACCACCUCAACCAACCCCUUUGACUGUGAUGAUGAUGAUGAUGAUGAUGAUGAGGUGCCACCCGACGUGGACAUGAUAGAAGAAGAGCUGCUGCUGCAGCAGAUCGACAACAUCAGGGCUUACAUUUUUGACGCCAAACUCAGCGGUCGGCUUGAUGAAGUGGAGCUGUUGUCGGAAAACCUAAGAGAGCUACAGCACACUCUGCAGGAACAGAAGAGAAACAAGCAGUGACAUGCUCCCCCCCUUACCCCCCUUACCCCAAAUCCCCUUGCAAAGGCCCCUGUUUGGAGCACUACAGAUGGGUUCACCACUGUCCACAUUCUGCGGGGUUUUCAAACCACUUUUAAUGCCACAAUAUUGCACAAUUGUGAUCAUAUUUGGAAAAGACUGUUUGAAGCAAAGGAAUCGUGUGUUGCCUUGUGAAUUACUAGCAACCAGUUCAGGGUCUAGUCCAGGGGUCGGCAACCUUUACUAUGAAAAGAGCCAUUUCACCCACUUGCCCACUAAAGAAAAAUAGCCUGGAGCCGCAAAACGUUGUAUGUUUAAAACAACAUUGGAGGGAAUUUGGGGGUGUCAAAGUAGUUCAGAUAAAAAAAAAGUCGAGUUGGACUACUCUUACUAGUACUGGAGAUAAACUUUUGUUUUUAAAUGAGCUCUAAUUUAUUUUUUAGAAUCGUCAAAUAACUCAUUAAUAAUAAUUAAUAAUUAAUAACUCAAAUAACUCAAAGUAUUACUCAUUUCCCUUCAUGUUAACCUGUCAGAGAGAACUGGAUAGCAUCCUGUCUGCUCAUUCAGUCACCAGUCAGAACUCAGUCAGGAUGCAUUCAUGGUCUCACACAAAGUUGGAUUUUUGUAAACUCAUAACAAAGACGUGCAUUUUCACCACACAAGUGCUAAAAAAUAUUCAAGCAUUGCAAAGGGAGCCGCAACAAAGAGACUGGAGAGCCACAUUUGGCUCUGGAGCCGCGGGUUGCUGACCCCUGGUCUAGUCUAAAAGGGAUGAUCGGAAUCAUGACAUUAACUCACACACUCCCCCGUCUCCUCAAGACACUACACAAAAUGUGACUACUACUCUUUAUAUACAAGUACUUUGAUGGUGAUGUCAUCCAACUGAUAUCCAAUUGCAUUUCAAGUUGUUGGUGUCCGUUUUAUGACCAGUUUUGACACAUUUUAAACAACGUCUCUGUGAUUAACCGCACUAGAUUUUUUGGGGGGGAUAUUUUGUCACUUUUGUGUGUAUGUCCGCUUUCUAAAGUGCAGAGCCAAAGCCGAGGUCACAACCGAGGUUUUUUUUUUUUUUUUUUUGUCAAGUGAUCUGUGUGACUAGCAUCUGUCCAGUGUUUACUUCCCUCCAGCUCGGUAUGGCCGCACAUUGCACAAACGUACUGCUUUUACUGCGAUGCAUGAACACUGAAUGAAUGCCAAGUAUUAUCACUCACACUAUUAUGUUUUAUGCUAAAAUGCCAGACUGAUAAGAUUUGGACAAAUUUAUUAACAUCAGAGCAAAACUAAACAAAAUUGUUGUUGUUUUUUUGCCUCAAUAUAAAAAUUAUAUACCGUAUUUUCUGGACUACAUGUCGCAUUUUUUGCGGGUAAUUUAUUUUACAAACUACUUGACCAAAACAGACAUUAUGUCCUCUUGGAAGGCAAGUUCUAACAAUAAAAGAAUAGAGAACAGGCUGAAUAGGUGUAAGAUAUGCUAACACAAUGCUUAUAAAAAAAAAUAAACAGAAACAGAAAAGGUGUAUUCAGUGUUUAUGUAACAAUUUUUUUAAUGUAUAAGUCGCAGGAACAGCCAACCUAUGAAAAAAGUGCAACUUAUAGUCCGGAAAAUACGGUAUUGUUUUUCAAUAUAACUACAGGUGGUCCUCAGUUCAUGGAAUUAUGUGUCACUGUUUUGAUCCCAGACUGUUGGACAUCGGUCAAAUAUUAACACUGCAGUAGACAUACCUGCCAGGUCAGUGAUCAUCUGAUAACAACAGUAAUAACCAAGCGGUUUUAUUAUCAAGAUGCUAAUUUUUUAUUAGUUUAAUUCUUGUAUUUGGUGUUUUGUUCCUGUAAUGUUCUGUAUGCAAUGUGAGUCUUAAUAAUGGUACAGUUUACAACCCGAGGACCACCUGUAUGUUGUUUUUAUGAUGUGCACAUUACCGGAUGAAGUCACGACAUGCGAAUCCACAUUUCUGGAUUCAACAUCGCAUACAAACUCAAAGCAUGAUGUCAGAUUGCUCUUACUUGGGAGAUCAGAUAACAUCACCGGUUCCUACAGCGGAGAACCAGUCUCUCUGUCUCAGCUCUCUUGUUCCGCACUCAUCUGGGAACGAUACUUGCCAGUCAUGUCUUUAGGCAGAGGUGUGGUUCCAGGACAAGGCACCUGGCCCUCCACCUCACAGAUACACUCCCUCAGACAAUACUUCUUUGGCCCAAAGUUAGCAGGGUUGGAGGCCUGCAUCUUGGCUUGUGCCUCGGCCUUUAACGUGGUCCUGGGCAAGGAAGUGUUAAGAAUAAAUGUGUUACUGCUAUUGUAUUGGACAUGAUGGAAUUGCAUGCUGUACCUAAUGAUUUGAUCGGUAAUGAAGCACAGAAUACAUCCUUCAUUAUACUUACUCUGACUUGCCCAAAAUCUUCUUUAUGUGUCGUGCAA